GGAAGGAGAUCGAUUUUGGGGCUGAAAUUCUGCACAUUUUCUCAUCGAUGAAACAUGUUUUUUUUUAUCACAAUACAGUUUUCUGUUCCCAAAACUAGAAUCUGAUACGAACAGAGUGGACUACAUUUUGUAGACUUUAAUCUUUGCUCAAGUUGUUUAAAAGGAGUGUAAAUGUGAAUUGAGUUAUUGCACACAGAGUAGGCGUUCCCUAACGGAAAUAUGCACAUAUCUUCUUGAACGGGCCAAUAGGAUAGAAAAAAAAAUAGAAAAAUAAGUACAGGACAAACGAAAGGAGGGUGCGGGGCCGUGGGUAUCAGUGAAGGAUUUAUUGAUUUUGUCCUAAAAAAAAUGAAGUUACUAAAAGUAAACUUAAGUUAUGUAAGUGCAGUGGCAUGUUUGGUGGAUCACAGAGAGGAGUGUACACGGUAGACCGGAACACAGAGCAGCCGUCCGCUAGAUGGCGGUGUAUUCCUAACUCUCUCCUCAAGCUGCACUUUGCCCUGCAGCCGAGCAACAGCUAAACCCGGAAGUAACGCACUUACUUGCCAACAAAAUACAUAAAAGAAAAAAAAAUCAACAAUUUGACCGUUAAAACAUCUAUUUAAUGCCAUGAUUUUGUCCAUAAAAUACACACAUAUUUAACUUAUUUUAGUGAGGUCGUUAUUGAGCGUUAAAGUUUACAGGACAAUGUAUAAUAAAGCGUCUGGAUAUCAGUCUCUACCGCAACGAGAUUUGCUCACUGCCAAACCGGGGUUGUUCGUGGCGACAGAAAGCUUCGUCCAAUCUCCAUUCCACCAUCAUAAAGGACAUUCGUUUGACUACAUCCCCAAUGUUAGAGACAACGACUACAGUGACUCCACUCAGGGAUGGCUGUCCUGGAUCUGCAAUGUUAUUGUCUGCUUCAUGGUCUAUGUCUGCACCUUCAUAACCUUCCCCAUAUCAGGCUGGUUCGUACUGAAGGUUGUCCCUAACUACCAGCGCAUCGUAGUGUUUCGUCUGGGCAGAGUACGUCCUCCUAAAGGGCCAGGAGUGGUGUUGCUUCUGCCUCUUAUUGACCAAUGGCAGAGAGUUGACCUACGAACCCGGGCCUUCAACAUCCCUCCAUGCCAGGUUACUACCAGGGACGGAGGUGUGGUGUCUGUCGGGGCAGAUAUCCAGUUCCGUAUCUGGAGCCCGGUGAUGUCAGUGCUGUCGGUUCAGGAUCUUAACGCCUCCACACGCCUCACUGCCCACAACGCCAUGACAACCAGCCUGGGCAGGAAGAGCGUCAGGGAGAUUCAGACUGAGAGAAUCAAACUGGGAGAAUACCUUGGGAUGGACAUCAAUGAGAUGACCAAGCCCUGGGGUCUGGAGGUAGACAGGGUGGAGCUGACUGUAGGUGCUGUCCUGAAGCCCCCAGAGGACCAUUCAUCUGGGCCUGGCUCGGUUAUCCUACCCCCCUCUAUUCCUGGUCUCGAGGGCCUGGCCGGACCCAUACAACAACUGGCUAUGCACUUCCUGGGCAAUAUGGCUGGCGCUAACAAUGGAGCUCCCCUGGUUAGGACAGAGGACAGCAUCAGCUUCUCAGACGAGGUGAGCAGUGCUCCCCUGGCUAUAAGUCGUACGGGAGCCAGGGAUGAAGCUGUAACCAGGCCCAUGUCAGUGCUGGAACUGUACGAGGGCCUUCUCCUCUCAGAGUCUCUGGUCAGUCAGGUGGGAGCCUGCUUCCUGUUCCUCCUCCAAUCGCCUGACGGACAACAGACAAGCUAUUACGUAGACCUCAGCCAAGGUAGUGGCUCAGCCGGACCAGGGUCCCCUCCAGAGGGCCAGGUACCAGACGUCACCCUCAGUCUGACGGACCAGGACCUGCUGGCUGUGUUCGAGGGAACCCUACGACCCUUCGCAGCCUACGCCACUGGGCGACUCAAGGUCCAGGGAGACCUGAAGACUGCCAUGAAGCUGGAGGAAGUUAUCAAGCUACUCCGGCCUUAAGCACUGACUUCAGACCUGUCCUUAUAUAAGUACCAGGUCCUAGAAAUACAUGGUUCUGACCUUAACCACUGGCUUCAGACCUGUCCUUAUAUAAGUACCAGGUCCUAGAAAUACAUGGUCACUAAUAACAGUUCAUAUAGACCCAUCUCUUUGAUGUUGACAAGCAUGUCAAUCUCUCAUGGCUCAAAGUGGAAGAGAGAUUUGACUUCCUCAUUACGUGUUUUUGUAUGAAGUGUUGACAAGCUGAAGGUACCGAGCUGUCUGUUUAAAGUACUGGCACACAGCUCGGAUAAAAAUGCAUACCCCAACAAGACAUGCCACCAGAGGUCUCUUCACAGUCCCCAAGUCCAGAACAGAC